AUGGCUGAGGCUAAUGCUGGGUUGUUUUAUACUGAAUGUUUCGGGAUGAAGCCUUUGAGGAAAAGAGAUGUUCCAGAAGAGAAAUAUGCCAAUGCUUUUUUUGGAUUUGGUCCCGAACAAUCCCAUUUUGCUGUGGAAUUGACUUAUAAUUAUGGGGUGACCUCAUAUGAUAUUGGAACUGGCUUUGGACAUUUUGCUAUUGCAACUCCAGAUGUUUACAGAUUAGUUGAAGACAUCCGGGCCAAGGGUGGAAAUGUCACCAGGGAGCCUGCCAUUGUGCCAAGUAAUGUGCUUCGUGUUGGUGAUUUAGAGCGCUCAAUAAAGUUUUAUGAAAAGGCUUUGGGUUUGAGGGUCGUAAAGAGGGCUGAUAGACCUGAACAAAAGUAUACUAUAGCAAUGCUUGGGUAUGCAGAAGAGCAUGAGACAACUGUGUUAGAGCUUACAUAUAACUAUGGUGUCACUGAAUACACCAAGGGAAAUGCCUAUGCACAGGUUGCUAUAGGUACCGAUGAUGUAUACAAGAGUGCUGAGGUUGUGAACAUAGUCUCGCAAGAGCUUGGAGGGAAGAUUACUCGGCAACCAGGACCAAUUCCUGGCCUUAACACAAAGAUCACUUCUUUCUUAGACCCUGAUGGAUGGAAAGUUGUUUUGGUUGACAAUCAAGAUUUUCUGAAGGAACUGGAGUGA